AGCAGGGAACGACGGAGGAUAAGUUGUGCGCACCGGUCUACGUGGAGACACACACAGGCCGGUACGGGCCAGCGCAUCAAAAGUGUUCAAAAUUAUUUUCAAAAAUUCACCACCAAAAAUCCAAAAAGUACCACGCGUUGACCCCGUCGUUUUAUUAUUUUCCCCAAUACAUGUUGAAAUAACGGAUAAAAUUCACCAGCUAUCCGUGGUGUACUGCGUCGCUCCAGUUAUUUUAUUUUUCCUUUUUUUUUUAUUUCAACAAUUCCAUCGUACCGUCGAUUGCGGGAACCACUGACACCCAGCUCGGGCUUUUUUUUUAUUGUUGAUAAAAAAAAGAAAAAAGGGGAAAACCGGUGGGUGUUUUUACCAAGAGGAAAUAAAACUGACUGCACACUGUGGGGAGGGGCCUAUCGCAUUGCGAUACGUGGAUUUUCAAGGCACGAGGAGAUGAUUUACUCUGGGCCUUUGAGUUGUUGAGAAUAAGGGUGAAAAUUGGUGGUAACAAGGAGUUGGUGUCGCGAUUCAGGCAGACGGAAGUGAUUGGUGGUAUUACGUAUUCACCGGUGGCAUUGCAAUUCGUAAUAUCAUUGAUUUGUGAAUUAUAUAAAUGUGCAACGUGUAGGCACGCUGUUUAUGAAAAUAAUACCGACAAAUCGAUGAUAAAUGAUGGACCUGGUGGUUGAUUCGUGGCUUUUUUAUCAGCGUUAACACAACGCGUGUGUGUGCAACGAGUGCAACGUUUUUGACGCGAGUGACGUAGGAUAAAUAGAGGAUAUUGUGUACUGGUGGUGUGUCGUUGGAAUACUCUUCCGUGUUUUAAGCGAUUGAUUGUACCGUUUGGGUCAGUCGGUUGAUUGGGUGUAUCAUUGAUUGGGGGAUGGGGGGGGUUUAAUUGGUGUUUGAUAUUUAGUUUUCAUAGGGUGUUCAAUUCUUUGAAAAAUGUCAGUGAGUAUUUUGUCCAGAGUGCAUCACACUUGGUGCAAUAUUUGUCAAGUGAGAUAUCAUUAGUUAUCAAAUGUUUUUUCUACGAGUUGACAAAGUCUGUGAGCUACAGACAACUGGAAUAAACACGUAAAAGAGUCGAGGGUAGUGCAGAAAGACGGAGUUGUCUUCCGUGUUUUCGUGUCUUGAUGAACGUGACGAUCGAUAGGGCGCUCGCGUGCUCUGGUUGUGGACAUUGACGACGUUUUCUAAGGUCGACGUUGAAGUAUCGUGCAUUCACUUGUUUAUCACCCCUGGAUGACAAAUAAAUGAUCGAGGUAUAAGUCCACUGAGAGAUAUCCGGUGAUAGGUGAUUUGUAAGCUCCUGGUGAUCUGAAUUGUCUGGGGCUUGUUAUAUGGGUGACUUUGUUGGUGGCAGUUUAUUUUCGACAAGCAGAUUGACAACGUGCGCGUCAUCAGUCUCAAGCACAUCACUGCUGAAUAGUCAGAUAGCAGCGAUGCAGGACGAUUUGUUGAUUGAGAAGCAGAGCACAGCUAAACCAGCGCCACUGUCACCAGGUGGCCUGGAUUCAGUUGUGACGUCUGGUCAGGACAAGCCGAAGGACACUGAGUCAGAGAGUAUUGCAAUAGCCAGAUCAACGCCGUCAUCGAUGGACAAGGAUAUGACGACGUGUGGUACAACAUCGAGUCUUCAGGGCUUCACGGAUCCUGUGCGUGUGCCAUCGCUUUGGGCAGCUGUACCAGAGGACAGUGGACUACAUGCAUUACCUGUUAAUGGCUCAAUAGCCACGUUUCAGAAUUUUCCAGCUGGUGGUCCAGCUGGACUGUUCGCUGGCUCUGGUGCAAGACGUGCUAUAACAGCUAGUCACAAUUUUCAACACGGUGGUAAUACCGCAGGUGUUCGGCAUGGGCUUCAGGUUGGACAGCAAAAUGUGUCGCAGCAGUCGCAGGGACCGAAUCAGCAGACACAACAGCAACCAACUAAUCAUCCCGGUGUUUAUCUUCAGGGUAAGGGUUAUGCAACAUGGUCUGGUGGUCCACAGGCACCUCAGCAAUGGGGCAGUGCACCUCAGGCUGCUGCAAGCCCUGCUUUAUCACCCUGGAGCCGGGGGAGAUCGGUACCAAAUCUACCGCCACUCCAUUCAUCGCUUCAUGCUGCUGCUGCAGUCGCUGCUGCUGCUGGAUUACAAGGAAGAAAACCAAGUCCAACAUUUCCUGGUCAUCCCGGACCCAAUCAGCCACAUCCUUCUAACAUCAGUCCCAUCAAGUUUCGUCGCAGCACUUCUUAUCCGGGCAAGGGGAAUCUCUAUCCACCGCAGCCUACACCAACUUUUGAAGUAACAGCAGCUGAGGAACGAGAUUUGCUGCAGCUGUCACCGUAUCAGCAGGAAAGAAUGACUGCGAACGGUAAUUCAUCACUGGAUAAUAUGCGAACUCUGGAACAUUAUUUGAGUGACAUAAUGCGGGCAGGAGCGGCUGACACACCAGAACAUCUCAAGGGAUUCAUAAACCACAAUGCCAGUACACUACAGUCUCUCGUGCAACUGCACGGCAAAUCACCGUUCUUCCCAGGACUGGACGAGCAAGGGGGAACUCUUCUGGAGGAUCCAAACGCUCCAGGACAACUGGAUGGUGUGGGCGUCGGUGUAGGGGUUGGUGUUGGGGUCAGUGGGGGCAUGAAUGCACCCCAAAAUGCCCCUUUAUCAUCCCCUAGUCGUAGCAGUCCCCACAGUCAGGGCAGCGAAACCGGUGAAAGAUUCUCUCGGAAGGUCUUCGUAGGAGGUCUACCACCAGACAUCGAUGAAGACGAAAUCACAGCUAGUUUCCGGCGAUUUGGGCAGCUGGUCGUUGACUGGCCACACAAGGCCGAAAGCAAAUCGUACUUUCCACCGAAGGGAUACGCUUUUUUACUAUUCCAGGACGAGAGUUCAGUGCAACAGUUGAUCGAUGCAUGCAUCCAGGACGAUGACAAGCUCUACCUGUGUGUGAGUUCUCCAACAAUUAAAGACAAACCCGUGCAGAUACGCCCUUGGCGUUUGAGCGAUGCUGAUUUCGUUCUUGAUGCAUCGAUGACACUUGAUCCACGAAAAACAGUGUUUGUUGGGGGUGUACCACGGCCAUUGAAAGCUGUCGAGCUUGCCAUGAUAAUGGAUCGGCUUUACGGGGGUGUUUGUUACGCUGGAAUUGAUACCGAUCCAGAGCUCAAGUAUCCCAAAGGGGCUGGACGUGUUGCUUUUAGCAAUCAACAGAGUUACAUCAGUGCCAUAUCGGCGAGAUUUGUACAGUUGCAGCAUGGUGAUAUUGACAAGAGGGUCGAGGUGAAACCCUACGUUCUCGAUGAUCAAAUGUGUGAUGAAUGUCAAGGACAACGUUGUGGUGGCAAAUUCGCGCCUUUCUUCUGUGCAAAUGUAACCUGCCUUCAGUACUACUGUGAACACUGCUGGGCAACAAUUCACUCGCGGCCGGGUCGAGAGUUCCACAAGCCCCUGGUUAAAGAAGGCGCAGAUCGACCAAGAGCUGUACCAUUUCGCUGGUGUUAACCCCAACUGCAUCGCACCUAAAGAUCGUCGCGGCCCUUAGCUAAUUAACUGUCAACCCCAGCCUCUUACCCAGAGCCCCACCCCCCAACCUAUCAACUAUCUCUACCAUCUACUUGUCACUAUUUACUGAAUCUUAUCGCUAAUCUAAUUCUGCUAUCGACACCCUAAUUAAUCUAAAUUACCAAUAACCGACGAAAGCCCCUGGGAAAGUAAUCCCGAUUAUUCGAGGGCUCAAAGGAUAAAACAAAAUGUUAAAUAUGAAGAUUAACGUAAGGCAAAUGAUAAAUCUCGAGGGGAAUCACUCCAGUUGUCUCCAGGAGGCGAUGACAGGGGGAAAAAUUAGGAUUCCACAAUCGAGAGGAUUUUUUUUUUUUAAUGAGACAGUCAAGACUUUCCUCACCCUCUUCCACUGGUUCAGAGAGGCUGGAAUGCACUGACUAUUCCUGCUGAUGCAUCCUCGGGCUCAUCGAGACGCUAAACAAACAAUUAUUACUGUCUUUCUUUUUUUUUUUCAUUAUUAUUUUUCAAUUAAACUGCGCAACGAGUGCGAAAUAAUCGACUAAUGAAAUCACGCUUCGCCUCAAUGGGAAAUUAUUCUCAGCAUCGCAGUCUCUAGUUGUUAAGGGAUUUUUAAAAUAAGACGAUUCGAAUAGGGAAGGAAUUACGAUGCGAGAUUUUUACCAGAUUUAUCAAAUAUCUGGGCCGUAUUUGGGGAUCAGAAGACGAAUGGGUGGAAAAAAUGAUGUUGAAGAGUUUAAUUUUUUUUUUUUAUUAUUUUUGUUUCUUUAUUUUAUUUGUUUUUAUUUCUUUUUUUUUUCAAUUAUUUAAUAUAUUUUUGAGCUAAGAAGAAGCUCGAACACUCGACGGCUCACAGGAGGGUAGUCCACGAAUCUCUCGUGUUUAAUUAAUCGUGAUUGAUUCAUUCUUUUUUUAACGUCAAAUCUGAAUGCAGACGAGAAUUCGUUCUAAUCCCUCGUCGAUUUUGAGUUUCUUCCCAGUAUUCAAUUGACUUUUAUUUUUUAUUCUUUGAUUUAUUGAAUGAAAUGUGUAGAUUUUUCAUGAACCGGGUGAUUCAUUAGAAAAAAAAAUAACGCGAUUCUUGAUAUAAAGACUAGUCUGUUCCAAUGUUUAAUAUUCAUUUAUCAAUUGUGGCUUGGAAUUUCAGCCGAGAAAAAAAAAAAAUACUGAACAAUGUCUUUAUAAAAAUAGAUUUGCAUACUUCCCUAAGACCACCGCCCCCCUACGCCCCGCCCCUAUCCCCCUAUGCCCCCCACCAAUUUGUAAAUACCUAGUUGAACUAUUUACCGAAAAACAAUUGCCCUCCCCUCUCAUCACCCUUUUAAUGUACCUCACUAACGCGCAGUAGCAGCGGUCAAAAAUAAGCACACGUAAACGAAAAAAAAAAAUGGGAAAAAAAAAAUUAAGCAAUAAAAUUACCAAAAAAAAAAUAAUAAUAAUAAUACCCUCACGUUUUCUUCUCGGUGUAUAUAAUCAAACAAAUGCAAUCGCGUAGUUCAAAUUGACAAUGAGAUAAAAACGUUUCAUUAACAUUAUCACACAACACAGACAUUUGACAUUAAAUAAAACAUCGAUGUUUGCUAUUAAUUGGCGAUACGACACGCACACGCGCAGAUACAUAAAAUUAGACGAUAACAGUGGGGAGAAUCGGUGAAUUAAUUGAUAAUAUUAUUGCCGUUGAUGAGUUGUUUAAUUGAAUUGAAAUUAAAAUACACUGAGGACACGUAGUAAAUUGCGCAAUUUCAUAAUCACAAGCAAUUAUACACAAUUUAACGAAAAAAUAAAAAAAAGUGGAUUAGAGUGAAGAUGAAAAGCAAAAAAAAAUGGUAAAAAAAAACAAAGUAAUCUCCACAUAUAUAUACACAUAUAUAUAUUUAUUUUUUUGGUCUCCUUUUUGUAUAUAAUGCUCGCCGCCGUAGGAAUGGCUGGCAUAAUUACAUAGGAACGAAAAAUGGGGAUUAUUAUAUCGCUGAUAUUCAAGUCACGUGGAUCAUUUGAAUCGCGAUAUUUUGAGAGAUAAAUAAACAAUUAAUGUAAAACCAUUGAACUCUCCUCCCGCCUGGUUGAGCCUGAAUUCGGUUCCGUGGAAAUCAAGAAUGUUACAUAGGCAAAUUUUUCGGUACUCUAGAUAAAUAAUAAACUCAAUUAAACGGAAAAUAUAUAUUAAAUAGGGGAAUAAAUGGGGGAUUUGUUCGCGACGUUCUCGGGGAUUCGGUGAUUAUUUAUAUUUAAUUUGUCAUUAUGCAUGGAGAAUUUUAAUUCAAUUGUUGCAAGAUUCAUGAGUACAGGG